GUCCUCUACUCAUCUUACAGCUUGUAUUCACUUGAAUGAUUAACUCCAGUCUGAAUACUGAUCAGCUUCGUCCAAUCAAAGAACUGCCUGGCAUACCUGUUUAUACCCUUCAUAGGACACAUGUGUACACCUCAUUCUACAAACUCAUGGGCAACAGGUCUGAACAGGCAUGACCAUAGCGUCAUGCAACGCUGGCCUAAUGCAAAGAAUACGUACUGCAAUGAUAUGCAACAACCACCGCAUCAGGUCAUCAAGUGUCUUUGCACAUUUCGUUGCCUACAGCUGUCAUGCCAGCCAAACCAUAGCUACAGGUGCACCAUUGAAUAAAGUGCACUUUAGCUAUUUCACUGCUGCGCAACUGAAGGGAUUCUCUAUCCAUUCAAAUUCAUCCCCUUUUCAAGUCCUACUGUCCUGUAAGCUACAUACUGUAUGUUACCCAUUACUGCGUAAUCCCAUCAAUGGCUAAGAUCUAGCUGCCCACAUCAUCUGAUCAAUCUGAAUGCCUCCUGGUAGUGUUGGUCAUCUUUUGCUGAAAGGCCACGUCUCCAUUGCUCUGUAAAGAGGAAAGUUGAGGAAUGCAACAGAAAAUACCUAUCUCUCUAUGAAUUGAGAACUAAAACUGGCUGCCUCUGACCCAUGCUGGCACAACCAGCAUGGACCAAGUCUGUGGCCUUACACAAGGCUGCCAGCAGUGCAACUAGUUUGUACUUACAAAAUACUUAGUCACGUUGCCUGGACCGCACAGUUCACUACUCGCC